UACGACGAACUUCGCGAAGACUUACUGCGCAGUCAUAACCGCUGCCUCUGACGACGAGCGAGAUCCCUCGUCGCGCAAAUGCAAAGACAUCGUCGGUAGCAACACGCAACUCUGACGACGUGAGAGGUCCUCAGAGUUCCAUCGUCCACCAUGAGCAAGCGACUCCAAGAACUGUGCACCCUCGUGGUCAACGACUCCUGCGGCAAGCUCGCCUCCCAAAUCUUCUCGACCCUCGCCCAGAAGGGCCGCCGCACCCUCCAUGAACUGCGUCGCGAGUUCCCGCACAUCACCGCCCGGCAGAUGCGCCAGGCCCUCGUCGUCCUCUUGCAACAACACAUCGUCCUCUACCACCAGCUCGAAGAUGGCCCGACAUACUACCACGCCGACUGGCGCAACCCGGCUCGAUCGAUACGUGCUUCCCUCAUAACAGCCCUCGCGGCCGAACGUUACGGCGAUGGUGCAGCAAAGAUCGUCAGCAAUCUCGUGGAGCUCGGACAUGCCAGAGUUGGGGACCUCGCGCAGGCAUUCGACUUUGCGCCAGCCUCGAAGCGGGACAGUGGGUAUGAGAGCUGCAACGGCUAUGCAAACGGAGCUGUCAAGGUCAACGGAACAUCGGACGCUCACAAAGUGGCCGGCGACAAGGUCGCAACUGUUGGUCAAUUCCACAACACUCUGCGCACACUGCUGAAGGCGGGCAUUCUGGUGAAACGAGGGAAGCAGGCGUAUAUGCCAGCCGCGGAUCUUCAAGCUCAGAUCGAAGCUGUCGUCAUCAGUGAACAGUUCCCAGACGGUAAGAUCACUGGUGGCAAGAAGCAAGCCGAGUUCCAGGCCGCUGUCAAGACACUCAAGCGCAAACGUCAAGAGGCCGACGAGUACUCCGCCACCCGCGAUGCCGAAUCUCGCGGCCAGAUCAAGCGGCCAGGUGCUGCCUUGAACGAACAUGCUGCAAAGCGCGCCAAGCUGAAUGGUGGAAUGACAAAUGGCAUUCAUCGUGAUGAAGAUAUCGAUGCGGACGAAUCUGUUCCAAAGCUUCCGAGCGAUUUGAUCUUGGCGGUCAAUUUCGCGCAAUACCCCGUCGCUCAUCGCAGCCAGCGGCUCGAGCAAUUUGCCCAGGCUCACUUCGGUGGCGUUACCGCUACAGUAUAUGCAGCUCUACUACAAGCUCUCGAGGCCAAGAUCAAGGCUCGUGACGAUGACAUCCACGAAGAACAGGAUGCGGAAGAUCAGGAGGCCCGACUUCCUUCUGUUACUACAAUGGAUGUCUCAGAGGUACUGAAGACGUGGGCACCCCUAGACCUCACGCUUGGCCUUGAUCUGAAGGAUGCAGCUCAUCUGUACAAACCAGCAGCCGAGCGUGACAAGCCGAAGAAGGGCAAGAAGCGCGCUGUUGAUCAAGAGAACCAGGAAGAUUGGGGCGACAUCGGCAUCAAGAUGGAACUGCCUUCCGAAGACGACGAUGACGAUGCGCCAACGAAUGGGUUCAUGUCGUACCGCGACCAGAACAAAGUGCUUUCUCUUAUCGAAGAGCAUCUCAAACUGUUGGCGGAACACUCGACGCGAUUCUGUCGACGUGUCGGCGCCGCCGGUCGUGGCGAAUGGAAAGUCGACUUUCCUUCACUGACCGAGGCGCUCAUUGCCCACGACAUCGACGAGACAGUCAAGGCUCGUCUCACCAGAGUCCACGCCAUGAUCGUUCGCAUGCUUCGCGACGUUGGACGCCUCGACGAGAAAGACAUUGCAGCUCGGCUCAUGAUGCGCGUCAAAGACGUACGUGCUAUCCUCACCCAGCUUCAAUUUGCCGGCCUCGUGGAAGGCCAAGAGGUUCCCAAAGACAACUCCCGCCAGCCUAGUCGAGCCAUCUACUUAUGGUAUCACGAUCAAGACCGCGUCGCCAACCUCCUGCUGCAGCAGACUUACCAAGGCAUGGCACGCAUCCUACAGCGUAUGGGCAGCGAGCGAGAGACGUAUCGUGGCCUGAUGGAGAAAGCCGAGAUGAUGAAUACGAAAGAGGAAUCGCUCACCCAACCCGAGCGAGACGCUUUGAUGCAUUGGCGAGAAGUUGAGGAGCGAUUGAUGAUUCAAUUCCUGCGUAUGGACGAGCAUGUGGCGCUUUUGAGAGAUUUCUCAGGCAAGGAUACGAGUUUGAUCUCGUGAUGACGAACGAUUGGCCUGCCUACCUGCCUGACUGUGGCAUUACUACUACUGUUACCCCCUACUUCGGAUGAUCUGGGUUGGACAACAGGGAAGAAAAAAGUCAGCUCCAGCUUGCAUUUUGUGACGGCGUUCACGGGAACUUUGAAACAAUGGCCAUCGAGUCAGAGGGCAUGGGUGGACUACGGUCUCCGCUUCCUCGUCUUCUCACGGGGUUGCUGCAUUUAUCUCGGCGUUCAACUUCACGACAGAGGGGAAAGACGAUUUGAGACCUAUGAUGGGAUCUACAGGGACUUUCGACGGUGAGCUCCUCCCGGGCUUCAAUACAGUGUUUAUGCCCUCAGAAGCUCUGCCGAAGCUGCUGCUGUACAUGCUACAUAACAAACACAAGCAACAUUCAAGCUGGUAGGAACAGCGAAUGUGAACGCUAUCCCGCACUCGCCACUCUUCAUUUUCAGAU